GGUAUUCUCUCAGCCACGCCGUGCAUCAAGGCCAUCUGCCCCAGUGAGGGAUGGACCACAGGGGGAACCACCGUCAUACUCAUUGGGGAUAACUUCUUCGACGGGCUGCAGGUCGUCUUCGGCACCAUGCUCGUGUGGAGCGAG